AUGUCAACUCCAGCGAGACGACGUUUAAUGAGAGAUUUUAAACGGCUGCAAGAAGAUCCUCCAGCUGGAGUCAGUGGGGCCCCCUCAGAAAACAAUAUUAUGGUAUGGAAUGCAGUCAUUUUUGGACCAGAAGGAACACCUUUUGAAGAUGGAACAUUUAAACUUACUAUUGAGUUCACCGAGGAAUAUCCAAAUAAACCUCCAACAGUGAGAUUUGUCUCUAAAAUGUUUCAUCCCAAUGUAUAUGCCGAUGGCAGCAUAUGCUUAGAUAUUCUUCAGAAUCGUUGGAGUCCAACUUAUGAUGUCUCUUCUAUAUUAACUUCAAUACAGUCUUUACUGGAUGAACCCAACCCAAACAGUCCAGCCAACAGUCAGGCGGCCCAGUUGUACCAGGAGAACAAACGCGAGUACGAGAAGAGGGUUUCUGCUAUCGUUGAACAGAGUUGGCGCGACUGUUGA